CAAGAGAUGUUAUUGAUAUUCGAGAACGCGUUGUCUUUUUAAAGAGUCAUCUUCAGAACUGGAGGACUUAUGGUAGCGUAGAAGAAGAACCAAACAGCCAGAGAAGGAUAGAAGGGGAGAAAUCAGCUGUAAGGUAGAAAUUAAGGUGAGAAUGGUUCCUAGAGGGCACAAGAGAGCCAAUCUGCAUGAGAAGCUGCAACUUCUUCGUUCUCUCACCAAUUCUCAUGCAAUGAAUAAAACCUCGAUAGUAGUGGAUGCUUCCAAUUAUAUCGAAGAGCUAAAACAGAAGGUAGAAAGGUUAAAGGAAGACAUUUCAAGCCCACGAAGCUCAAGCGACGAGUCAUCUUCAUGGCCUAAAGUCUCGGUAAAAACCCUAGAAAAAGGUAUCUUGGUAAAUGUGUAUUCAGGAAAAAGUUGCCCUGGCCUGCUCGUCUCCAUAUUGGAAGCUUUUGAAAAUCUGGGCCUUAACGUGCUUGAAGCUAGGGUUUCUUGUGCCGACAGCUUUCACUUACAAGCAGUUGGAGGAGAGAAUGAAGACAACGAGGAAAUUAUCGAUGCUCAGGUGGUGAAAAGAGCAGUUGCAGAUGCUAUCAGAAACUGGGAAGAAAGUGACACUAACGAGCAAUGAGAAAUAUGAUGAAGAGAAUGAAGUUCAAGAAAAUAAAUGUGACGUGUUCUCUCAUGUUCCAUAUUCGGUUCUGUAGAUCUUCCUGAUAGUGAUAUAUUUAGAUGGUACUGUUAGCGGAAGAAUCAGGUAUUCCCUUACAACGGAGUUAUAGAUGAUGAUCGAAGAUCACUAAUUUUGAUCGAGUUGCAGGACACAAAGAAGGUUGUGCCCUGCAGGAAUCUGGAAAUUCAAUCCGUGCUUUCCAACUACUUUAACUAGAGUAUUAUUAGCACUUCUGCCAACAGCUGCCUUCCUGGCUUUGUUUUAGGUUUGAUUGGAUAUAAGAUAGGUUGUGCCCUGCAGGAAUCUGGAAAUUCAAUCCGUGCUUUCCAAUUACUUUAACUAGAGUAUUAUUAGCACUAUCCCGAAUGAAGCCACAAUAAAAAAUGUCAUGAACCUCGAUAACUUUUCUGCCAACAGCAGCCUUUCUUGGCUUUGUUUUAGGUUUGAUUGGAUAUAAGAUGUUCUAUGCUGAACCUUAUCUGUUUUUUGGUGA